AUGUUUGAUGAACUUAAUAAAGAUUUCGAUAGGAGGCUUAUUGAACUUCUCAAUAAUGAAGAGGUGGGGAACUGGACGGAUGCGGAGCGUAAAAUAAAAACAUUUUAUUCUUCAUGUGUGAAUUCAGCAACGGGUGCAACGAGUUUAUAUAUCAAAGAAAAAUUUAAAGAAAUUUCAAGUGAAUUUGGUUUGUUCCCCUAUCACUCAAAAUUUCUCAGUGAAAGGAAAGAGCAAGAAUUCGAUUGGCUGAAGACAGUGGCCAAAAUUUCCCACACCUAUGGCUUUAAUAUUAUUUUUGGGUUUUCCGUAAAACCCGAUGCCAAAGAUCAUACCUCGCACAAUUUAAUUUUAGGCGGUGAGAAAUUUCAACUCCACCACCACCAACGUUUGAGACAUGAAUAUGAAGAAAUUCUAAAAUAUAUAAAUUUCCAUCCCGAGACUGCAAAUGGUGUUGCAUGGCAAAUUAUUGAUUUUGAAUCAUCACUACUGCAAGCAAAUCAUUAUGGAGCCCAAAGUCCAGUCAGCGGUUCUGUGGACAGUAUUCACAAUAAAUAUUUCCCCCAAAUGGAUAUUAAAAGGUUCCUGAACAUCUCUUUUGGUUAUGUACCUGCCGGAAUUGUAUGGCUUGAAAAUCCCGGAUAUUUGGAUAAUCUAAUAAAAACUUUAAAAUUCACACCCAAAAAGUUGGUGAUGAACUACAUCGUUACAAAAUUACUUCAUCAUUUCUGGUUGGACUUGGGACAUCAACACCUUGGUCAAAUGGAAUUAUGUGUCAAGGUGGCAAAAGAGAAAUUUCCACACAUUCUAAGUCAAAUGUUUAUCAAAUCCAAUACUGAGAUAGAAGAAAAAAUAAAAGGCAUUGAACGAUUAUGGGCUCAGUUAAAAUCAUCUUUACAAAGGAUAUUGGAAUCUAAGAGACCCACAUGGUUUGAUGUAAACACUCGACAAAUGGCAACAGACAAGUUGCACUCAAUGACCAUACAGGUGGCCACAUAUGAACAUCACAAUUUUGAAAACGAAUAUCGCUGGCAGUCAUUUAACCCAAACGAUUAUAUAGAGAACUUAAGGACUCUUCGCUCAUUUGAAGCUUUCAGGAAACGCCAGCUAUUAUACCAAAAACCCCAACACGAACACGUUUCAUUGGAUCUGAGGACCCCUGUGUAUGUGAUAUCUUCAAACUCAAUUAUUGUACCAGUUUCAAUUCUUAACUCCCAAUUCUUGUGGUCAUCUUCGAAUCCGAAUGUGAUGAACCUGGCCCAUUUGGGAUUUUGCAUAGCUCACGAAAUUAUGCAUGCCUUCAGUGGCGAAGGUCGUAACUACAAUCAAGAGGGUAAUUUUUACAAAUAUUGGAAUACGUUUGCUGAACACAAAUACAACGAGUUGGAGUCUUGUCUAGUCGAACAGUAUGGAAAUUACACGGGAAAACCCAGCUUUCUAUCAAAACUCCACAAACCAGAUCAUAAACAAGAUGAGAAUGUCGCAGACAAUGCAGGUAUUGUAUUGGCCUAUGAGACGUUCAAGAAGGACAGCAAUUAUGAAUUGGAUGUGGCUUUUAAAUAUACGCAUGAUCAAUUGUUUUUUAUUAACUAUGCUCAAUUGUGGUGUGCGGAUACUUGGCAAAAGGAAAAUAUGGAGGGUAUUGUAGCAUCCGGUCGCCAUGCUCACGAUGAAUUACGGGUGUUAGUACCGCUCCAGAAUUUUGAUGAAUUUUCCAAAGUAUUUAAAUGUUCCAAAGGUAGUGCUAUGAAUCCUUAUCAUAAAUUGUGCCUCGACUGGCUUGUAACUUCUCGAACAUGGAUGGUUCAAGUAAAUCUUCGCCUAAAUGACAGAGCUUUAUACACAAAUGAGUUUCCUGCCUGGCAAAUACCACCGUUUUGUUUUCCCAUCAGUCCGCAACUGUUCUUAACGGGAUGUCUUCAAGUGCAUAGUUUGGGCCAUCACAACUUCAACACCCUGCAUGCUUGCGGUAAUGUCACCAUCAAUGUCAUAACAUUUAACCUUAUCAAUUGGCCAAUUGGUUGCGUGGAUGUUGGUAGUUCGGGUGUGCAAUUGGUGGAACCGAAUCAUGAUGUGUUUAAGGUAAUUGAGGAAAAUAGUCCAGGUGUUUAG